AUGUACAUACCACAUGGACGGCACGACUCUUUAACGAAGAACUACACUGAACUACAGCAAGAUAAAAUAAUUAAAGUCAGUUUUCUGAUUCGGGUAUUUCCUGGGACAAAGGAUGGAGAACCAUUUGACACUGCCUUGUUUGGAGAAAGAAUAAUCCAGCACAGAGGAAUAGGCACUCUUUACUUUUCUAAACCAUUGGCUACAGACGAAGGAAUAUACCAAUGUUUUGCAAAGAACUAUUAUGGCAUAUCUCUAUCUAACAGCAUUUCCCUCAGAAAGUCAGAGUUACACUUUUUUCCACUGGAGAAGCCAAAGGUAGUGGACGUCGUAGAAGGUUCUCUCCUGAGUUUAAAAUGUGACCCGCCUAAGGGCCAUCCAAAGCCUGCGGUGUUUUGGAUGAUACAACCUAACAGCGGCGAACCUCGCAGUAUCAACAGUUCACGGGUGUCUGUCGAUCCUGAAGGAGGCCUACAUUUUUCAAAUGUAACUAAAGAGGAUGCUUUAGAUGAUGCUGUUUAUGCAUGCAUAGUGUCAUCGCUUUUCCGAAGUGAACUAAAAGUAGGGAAUAGAAGAAAAAUAAACGUCAUUCCAAGAGAAAUUAAAGGACCAAUUUUUCAACCACCAGUCAAGCAGUAUGUUUCACCAUCCAAAAUAACUGUUCUCGAAGGUGAUAAAUUAGAAUUAACCUGUAUCUAUGGUGGCACACCAAUUCCCACAGUGAAAUGGUACUUUACCAAAAAAGGGCUAAUCUCUAGAGAAAGACUGGAUAAACCAGUGAAAAUUGACAAAACGUUUCUGAUUAAAAGUGUUGACAGUGACAGUGAAGGCAGUUACCAGUGUGUUGCUGACAAUGGAGUUGGAAGUGAACAAAUAUAUUCAAUAACAGUCACAGUAGAAUAAUGGCAGGUGUGCUAUAAAUUUGAUGGGACUCUCAUCCCAUUGGGACUUGAAUCAUCUAUCU